CCCCUAGGCGAACGUUAAGCCAGAAAUUAGUAAAGAAUACGUGUGUCUGGGAAACAUUAGAAUUAACUAAAGUUUAUAGAAGAAGAAAACAAGAAAUAACGGAAGGAAAUAGCUACAACGAAGAGAAAGAAGAACAAGAAGAAGAACAAGAAAAGAGAGAGAGAGAGAGAGAGAGAGUGACCGAAGGGGCGAAACUAAUUGAGAGAAAAUUUUAGAGAGAAAGAAGAAAGAGAGAGAGAGAGAGAGAAAGAGAAAAGGAACACGAGGGAAAAAGAUAGAAAAAGAAUAAAGUAGUGGUGUCGCGAUAGGCCUAGCGUUUAUUCGUUCGCGCCAGCGCCCUGAGCGGCGGCACUUCCUACGACCACGGAAAACCUAUUUUUACUCUGUUAACGGAACGGAGAACUCUCAAAGAAGAGAGAGAGAGAGAGAGAGAGAGAAGAAAGAGAAAGAAAGAAAGAAAGAAAGAAAGAAAGAGAGAGAGAGAGAGAGAGAGAGAGAGAGAAGGAAGCACACGGUGUGCUUCACCACCCACGCUCUCAUCUACCACGAAAAGAAGAGACCACUAGGCGGCACGAUCCGUCGGUCUGACAGAGGCCGACGGCACCGUCGACGGCACCGCCAUCGGCGACUCCCUGAACGCCUGGCCGCGCCUAUCGGACACGUAAACGUGUAGCGCGAAAUCUCUACUUCGACUGCUGCGAUAUCAUUUUAAUCGGCAAACCCACCCUUUUAUUUUACUCGUGUUCCAUCCUAGUGUCUUCGUGAUAUCACACACGCACACGCAUAUACAUAUAUAUAUAUAUAUAUAUUUUCUUUCCGACUCCAAGGUGAUAGAACACACUUUCUCACUCACUCACUCACUCUCUCUCGCUCUCUCUCACUCUCUCUCUCUCUCUCUCUCUCUCACUCUUUCUCUCUCUCUCUCUCUCUCUCUCUCUCUCUUUUAAUUAUCUAUCUCCGAAGAAGAAGGGGAGAGCAAGGAAGGAAAGAUUGCAGGUCCAGGAUGGAAGAUAAUACGAAUAAUCAAACUCGCGAAGAAUUAGUUUGCGAGAUAUAAGAAAAUUCAUCUCUCUUUCCCACUCACCCGUUCCUCUUUCUAUCCCUCUCUCUCUCUCUCUCUCUCUCUCUCUUCUCUCUCUCUCUCUCUCUCUGUAAAGAGAUUGGAAUACAAAUAGAAGAGAAUAAGAGAAAAUGUAUAAGGAAGAAUAAUGAUCGGUGUACGUGUCCAUUGGCAUCUGUUGUUGUUGUUGUUGUUUUUAAUGGUAGCAGAAAUGGUGGUGGUGGUGGUGGUGGUUGGCCUGUGCCGAGCCUGAACAAGACCCGAACGACGGACGCGUGUUUCUUUAAAUGGUGUAACGCGUGAUAAGAAGAGAGAGCUUACUUAUCGUCAUCGUUAAACUAUAGUUCAAUUAGUUCGUACAUGUGCACUAAAGAAAACGCAAAUUAAGGAUUCUGAAAAGUUAGUACCCUGUUUUACUAGGAACAAGGAGAAAAGUAAAACAACAAACAAACAAUAAGCAUCGUUAACGUCAUCGUUUAGAACAUGCGGACUUCGGGCGAGGCCCCUAGACGAACGGCUGGCCUCGCCGGUGGACCAGGAUAAGAAGGGAUACCUCAACAAAAAUCCUAUUUUUUCUCCCACCUCCCCCAAUUUAUCGUCGACGAAAAUCAACCCCUUAGUGUCGCCUACAUUCUUCUCUCUUUUUAUCUGUCGCACUCAUUCACUUACUACUUUUCUUUCUCUCUAAUUCCAAUCCUGUCUCUUUCUCCCUCUCUCUCCCUCUCUCUCUCUCUCCGGUCCUUAAAAACACCUGCGCAAGCGCCCUACUACACAUCCUUUAGGACCUUAAGGACGCGGGAAGCGAGCUCGUCUCGCUCUCGCUCGCAUGGAACAUGAUAGAGAUGUCGAGUGGAAUCAGUGCAAGCACAAUGGGGAUUGGCGUUAGCCACGGAACGGGUGGAAACGACGGUGUUACGAGCAGUUGUCGUCUUCGUGCCCAAAGUCAAAGUCAAGCAACUUCAUCUCAGCACGGCAAUCCGCAACAAUCGUCUCAGACGUCGUCUCAACAAUCGUCUCAGCAUCAAUCGCAACAACAAUCGUCGCAACAAUCCCAACAACAGCAGCAGCAACAAUCUCAACAACAACAACAACAACAGCAACUGCAACAAUCUCAACAACAACAGCAACAACAAACGCCUACGUCGCAGCAGCAGCAGGCACAGCAACGUCAAGGAACUAGGUUCAUAGGCCGCUCGAAAAAGGACAACUGUUGCCUAUGCUGGUGCUGUUGCUGUAGUUGCUCGUGGAACAAAUGUUUGGCAACGGUCGGCGGAAAUACGGUCGGUGCUGACGGAACUGGCGAACAGGGUAAGAAGAAGGGCAACGUUGGUAUUGGCGGUGAACACGUGGGUGGUGGCCUCGGUGGUGAUCACAGUGGCGUUACCGCUGGCAACGGGUUGGACAACUUCGACGGUCUCGAUGGUGUCGACGCUUCCAUGGAAUGCUGUAAUUUCGAAGAAGUCAAAUCUUGGGGUUCCUCCUUCGACAAGCUGAUGAAAAACGCGGCCGGUAGGAAAUUAUUUCGCGAGUUCCUUCGUAGCGAGUACAGCGAGGAAAAUAUUGCAUUUUGGCUCGCGUGCGAGGAACUCAAACGCGAAAGCAAUCCGGAGAAAAUCGAGGAAAAGGCAAGAUUCAUCUACGAGGAUUACAUAUCCAUACUCUCACCGAAAGAAGUGAGUCUAGAUUCGCGAGUACGCGAGAUCGUUAAUCGCAACAUGGUGGAACCAACCCCGCAUACCUUCGACGAGGCACAGUUACAAAUCUACACGCUGAUGCAUCGGGACUCUUAUCCGCGAUUCGUCAACAGUGCGAUUUAUCGACGAGUGGCGAGGCUUAGUAGCGGUCCACCGAGUCCAACGAGUGCUUCCGAACAAGAGCACGCAGGUGGAAAGUCGAAAGGCAAAAAAGGGACGACGUAAUCGCGAUCACGGCCGAUCAGCCGAUUGGACGUCGUACCCUCAACCGAAAGUGGAGAUACCAGCGAGAUCGUGUGGUCUCUCUCUUAUUUCGGCUUCUUCCAAUGAGCUACGAACAGAUGGAAGAAGUCUGACAAUGACAUCACAAAUAGAGAAAGAAAAAAGAUACAGAAAGAAAGAAAGAAAUAGAGAGGGGGUGAGAGAGACAGAGAGAGAGUGAGUGAGUGAGUGGAGAGUAUCUUUUUAUCGGGGGCCACAUUGAACAAAAGAGAAAAAGAAAUGAAAAUUCGAGCGAGAUUAAAAAGCAAAAAUAGAAACAAAUGCGAAUAAAAAUCGCAUUAAUCUCGUAACUAGUCGCGGCUCGAAACUCGGGAAAAUACGAUCGAAAAUUAAUAAAGAAAAAAAUGAAACGAAGAGAACGAUCGGGGGUCUCUCUUUUCCCUCUCUCUCUCACUCUCUCUCUCUCUCUUUCUCUCUAUCUUUCUCUUUCUCUCUCUUUUUCUCUCUCCUUGCGUCUGUCUUUAAAAUUCUUUCGCGGACGAUGCGCGCACAGUUGUCACUGCCUUGGAAACAAUGCACAAUUGCGAUAUGUGUAUGUAUAUAUAUAUGUGUGUAUAAAUUUUUAUGUAUGUGUAUAUAUAAAUGCAUAUAUCGUUGAUGCUAAGAUGCGACGGAGCUCGAUUGCUCGUCGAAACUUAAAAUACCAGCUUGAAGGUAACUAAACGUAUUUUGUGUAAGGAAUACAAGUUGAAUGAGUUUGGUAUUUACGUAUGGAAACGCUACGAAUUCGUGACUUUUCCUUCGAAAAUUGGAAUACCGUCGAGUAAUGACGUUAAUUUCGUUUAAUAACGUUUUACGAUUAAAUUAUCAACUAAAAGAGAAAGAAGGGUGAACGAAAUAGGCGGAAACGAUGAUAGGAAAACGAACGGAAUGGGGAAUGAGAGAAGACGGAGACAAAAUUAAAAAAGCAAGUGUUGUACGCGAGAUGAGGAUUAAGAAGAAAAAAAUAAGAUAAUAGAAAAUUCUUAUUGCAAGAUCGGAUAUGCAACCGACUUUUAUUCUAGUCAACAGUUCACGAAAAGAAUUGUCAUGUUCGUUAUGAAUAAUCGGCUAUUUAUUGCCGACGAGAUAUCGAUCGAAGAAAAUACUUGUCAUCCAUUACCAAAUAAAUCAAUUCUAGUCAUUUUUGUCUAUAAAAAUCGUCAUGCGCGUAGAGACAUGAUAUCGUAACGGAGCUCGUUCGAGAUCUUCUGGGAUUUAAACAAAAUGAAAAAUAAGAAGAAGAAGAAGAAGAAGAAGAAAGGCCUAAAACGCAAGAAAAAUUUCUCGAUGUGCGUGAAUCGAAGCAUUGAAACCCGAUCGCGAUUCGACAAAAAUAAGAAAAAAAAUGUUAAGGGCCGAUUUUAAAUGCAUACAAGAAUACGCACGGUCAAAUCAAGAUUUUAUGCGACUUUAUCUAAAUAUAUAUAUACAUGUAUAUAUACGUGUACGUAUGUGUAUGUGUAUACAUUGUAUAUGUACAUAUAUAUGCAUAUAUAUAUAUAUAUAUCUAUACAGGGUGUCUCAUAUGAAUGAAUACGUUAAAAUAUGGCAUGAUGUAUAUGUAUAUGUAUGUAUGUAUGUAUGUAUGUACAUAUCUCGAUUACGCGUGCAAGCAUGUUACAUUUCUUCGUAGAAACGAUUUCUUUGAAAUCCGAUUGUUCACCGAGCCUCACGCGAUCCGUAACUUUUAAAUUAAACUUCUUUUCGCAAAACAAAAAAAAAAAGGGAAACGUCCAUUUUCUAAACUUUUACUUAAGCUUUUUCUACCAAUGAUUUUUCUAUCAAAGCUUUACCGAACAAAAAAAAAGCUACAUAUCAUUUUGUUCUGUGAUAAAAAUCAAACGUAAACGAGCUGGUUGGAUUCAAAUGAGAUCGUUUCUAAUGAAAAGAAAAUUGGGUAAAGUAGAAGAAAAAGAAAAAGAAGAAGGAGAAGAAGAAGAAGAAGAAAUAAAAGUAAAAAAAAAGUCAGACACUCUCUCUAGUCGUAAAGUGCGCUUGCGGGCGUAUAGGAUAUAUAGACGCAUCAUUACACACACACACACACACAUACGUACGUAUCUACAUAUUUACAACACUUCAUACCUUACCCACUUAGCUUUCCUACCUACGUCUAAAUCGUAAAUACAUAGGAAGGAAUGAAGGAAAGAAACGUCGUGUGUUAUCUAACGUGAAAUCGAUGAUAAAUGUGAAAAAAUGAACAUUAUAAAUGGACGACGCGUAAGGUACACAGACACAUACACGCACACGCACACACAUAUACAUCCAGUCGGGCAAAUCUCGCAGUCAGUCACAGUGUUUGACUACUGCGAUCUGUAGAUAAUUAUCGUAGAUAGAUACAAUGAUUAAUAUCGCUAAUGAAAUAUGAAUGAGAAUGAUUCUAAACGUAUUAUACUUGCGCUAAAGCGUAUAACGAAAUCAUUCGGGAGACAUAUAAGAACAAUCUUUUUCAUUCUCGAUAUAAAAAAAAAAAAAACGUAUACAUCCAUAGGUAUGUAUUUACUUAAGUAAGUACUUAUUUAAAUACUUACUUACCUUUCUUUUUGAUUUGAGAAAAGGAAUAAGUCCAAUACGUGUUUGUUACUAUGGACCAUCUCGCCAAAAGGGAAAGUAAGAAUCGUGAGAAGACGUUAAGAUCUCCAUCGUUUAUUCCCAUCUUCCUUACCUCGGUGCUUGUGAAUGUGCUCCUCAAGGUGUACCUCAAGGUGCUUCUCAAGGUGCUCCUUUCAAAAAGAAAGAAAUUCAGAUACGCGCAAUCAUGCGAUUAAGAGAACAAGAAAUAGAUAGAUAUAUAUAAAUAUAUAGACUUAAUUUAUGGUUGAUCGAUUCUGAAAGGGAAAAGAUGCAUAUUGAUUUUUUUUAUUCUCAACAAAUUUAUAUAAACUUUUGUUCCUACAUAUGAGUCAUUCAUUUGUUAA